AUGUCCCAAGAACUCGGCCCGCUUCCAGACACCGACCCUGACAAUGCCCCCCAGCCCUCCUCAUCUCGCAAGAAAGUGAGCCUCGCGUGCCUGGCGUGCAGGAGACGUCGGACCAAGUGUGACGGCGGCGUCCCCUGCGCUUCGUGCCUUUCCCGAAACACCGAAUGUGUCAAAGACGAAUACGACGACGGACGGCGCAAGCUCGCGGUCAAACGACGGUUGGAGUCAUUGGAGAAAGACCGCCAUCUGUUGGAUGCCCUGCUCCACGCGAUCCGCACAGGAGGACCAUACCAGCUGGAUGCUCUGGUCGGUCUGAUACGAAGCAACGCUGGACGACAGCACCUCGCCGGCUUCCUCGAACACGAGUUCGGCGGCAUCAGAGAGCUGGACCUCCAGAACCAUCGCCACGGGACGUCCCCGACGUACAGGCGACACCGCGCCCGCUUGGGCCGGAUCCAGGAUAUCGUGAACCCCCCGAUAUCCGUGCCCGCGAAGCCGUGGACCACCGUCACCGACGACGAUGACUUCGUUUCGCACCUCAUCUCUCUUUGGUUUACCUGGGCUCAUCCCUGGUGGCACUGGGUGGACCAAGAUCUCUUUCUCGAAGCCAUGAGAUCGGGUGACCCUUCGAGCCUGCUAUGCACUCCCUACUUGGUCAAUAUGAUCCUCGCCGACGCCUGUGAUGGCACAGAUCCCAACUUGGAGAUUCGGGAUCACUUCUACAACGAAGCCAAAAGGGGGCUCGAAGCCGAAGAAGGCCAAGUGUCGCUGGCCACGGUGGCAACAUUGGGGGUGCAGUGGACAUACCUCAACAUAAACGGUCAGGACAAGCUGGGGAACGGUGUUCUGUACCAGCAGAUCUUCCUCUCCAAGGGCCUGAGCAAGUGGCGUCACAGGAUCGAGCACGACCCCUCGAUGACCCACGAGUACCUCUCCAAGGUCGACUCCUGCCUCUGCCGGCUCGAGUGGACUCUGUACGCCCUCAACCCACUCAUCGGCCUCGCCUUGAAGCAGGUCCGCGUCUUUGACCGCCCGUCCCGACCGAAACCCAUCACACAGUCCGGCGGCUGCCAACAACAGCGAGCGUCGCCCUGGGCCCCAUACCCCGUCCCCCAUCCGAGGAUCGAGUGGCACCCCAAGUGCCACUAUCUCGCCUUUAUCUCGCUCGCCGAAAAGGCGACCUUGGACGAGACACUGUUCGAGAAGGAACAAAAUAACGCCGGCGGCGGCGCAAAGGACAAAUUUACACGCGUGUACCAGGAGGUGGAGGACUGGCCGGACCAUCUACCGGAGUGCAUGAAAAUGCAUGACAACGCUAUGCCUCAUGUCAUUGCCUUGCAUGCACUCCACAGCUGGGUCAACGUGACAAUUUCGAAACAAACAGCCGCCCUCGACGCCGGGGUAUCGAACCGACCGUCCCUGGCGCGGACGCCGAAAUCUUCGGUGCGCAGCCAUUGGAUUGAAGUCUGCAUGUCGGCCGCCAAAAAUAUCAGUAAUCUGCUCGAUCAAAUGCGCUUGAACUGGGGCGCAGACCAUUUCCCGGUCAUUAUCAUGCAGCCUGCCACCAUCGGUGCCUUCACCUUGCUCGAAGAACUGAAUGACCGACCCGAGUCUCAAGACGCCUUCUUGAAGCUUUGUGUCAACCUCCGCGCUGCCAGUCGGAGGUUUCGCGUCAGUCGAGGGGUUCUGCGUCUUCUGCGCCGCAAGGCCAAGGAGAACAGCAUCGUCCUCUCCGACGAGUGCAACCACUUACUAGGCGAUUCCGACACCAAUAUGGACGUCGAUCAGAACAUGUCGAUGAACAUCGAUAACAUUGGCUUGGAGUAUUUGCUCGAGAAGUGGGAUGAUUUGGAUCUCGACGAAAUAUGA